AUGGCGUUAAUUAAAGAAUAUCGUAAAAAAAAUAUUAAGUUACCUCCUAUGGGCCAAUUUUCCAAAAUCACAAAACAAUCUUGGAGUAAAGAAACAGAAAAUGUAAAAGAUUUUUACAUUAAUCUAGCUAAGGAUGCCAAAUCCCAUUACAUGGAAAACAAAACUAUUCAAUUCGUAUUUGAUAGACAUAUGAGCGACAGUCAUAUUACGACAGGUGAUGCAGAAUAUUAUGUCGACCAUUCUGGGUCACUUUCUCUUGAGAAUUCUACCAUUAGCGUUACGAAUUUUUCUGAUACGAUUUCUACUGCUAAUCCUAAUUAUAACGAAAAUAAUUUAAUCGCUAGCUAUCAAAGGCAUAUUUAUUUGUUGGAACAAUUAAAUAACAAUUUGUUUGAUAUACUUGAAUUAACUCAAGAUUAG